CAUCACCUCCUUCCGUGUGACGUUUGCAGUGUGAAAGUUCACAGGGCAUGCUAAGGUCGUGUUUUUAGAGAGCUAUGGCUGCCUUGAGUUGGUUUACUUGCAGACAGCUGCCGCGGAUUGCAUCUCAGUUCGCCCGGGUUGUGAAACACGUCCGGCCGCAGUACCUCGGAGGACUGCCGGCGAGGAGAGUCCACGGGUCUUCGCGGAAAUGGGUAGUUGAGAAGGAGCAAUGGGGCAAGGCUCGCGUUCCCGAGUAUCAUCAGCUGACAGAACUCGAUAAGGCGGAUGCUUUGAUGCUGAGAAAGUCCCACGAAACCGGUUUCCUGUCUUGGUUCCGUAACGGACUCCUGGCCACCGGUAUCGGGGUCAUCGCUUUCGUCCAGAGUGACGUAGGACGAGAAGCAGGCUAUGCCUUCUUCAUCCUGGGUGGUGUGUGUGUAUCGUUCGGCGGGGCGUCCUACGUGGGCAGCCUCUUUUCCCUGAGGAGGAUCAUGCUUCUCUCCCUGCCUGCCGUGCUGCUGAAUGUUGCUGUGGUAAGCAGCAUCGCCCUCUUCUGGCUGUGUGCGGUAUCGCUCUACAUCGGACGCCUGGAGGUGGAGAUUAUUCACGAGGAUGACGAUGACGGAGGGGAGUGCCCAGACUGUCGCGACCGUUGCAACCACUCCCAUGGCGACAGGCACCACGGCAACGGCCAAGACAAGUAGAGCGCUUGAGUGGCAAAGGUGACGAAGUGUGUGUUUGUUUCUUUGUGUGUGAGUGAGACCGAGAGAGUGUAUGACACUCAAAGAUACGUGGGUACAAAGGGGAUCAGUGAAAGGCAUGAUUUGGUUAUGUCCUCUGUGAGAGUAGUUUGUGUGGGUGGGUGAUUGUCUUAAAUUGCUGUGAUAGGUAUCAGAUGGGGCGGCAGGUAGCCUAGUGGUUAGAGCGUUGAACUUGUAACCGAAAGGUUGCAAGUUCGAAUCCCCGAGCUGUCCUGGACAAGUCAGUUUAACCCACUGUUUCUAGGCCGUCAUUGAAAAUAAGGAUUUGUUCUUAACUGACUUGCCUUGUUAAAUAAAGAUGAAAAAAUAGAUAAUAUCAGAUGUUCGUUUUAUUUUACACACACACACACACACACACACACACACACACACACUGUGAGAGUGCCUCAUUUGAGUUUAUUUACUCCUCAUCAUGUUAACUUUAUGAAUCAAAGAGCCCUGUACAAUUCUUAAGCCAUACUCUGAGCCAGCUCAUGCUGUGUUUCACCUAAAUAUGGUUUUGAUUGAUGCUAUUUUUUAAUUUUUUUUAUAUCAGUUGAUUCUAUAUCCAUACAAAGGACUACUUGGAUUCUGUGUAGUAAUCCUUGCUGGUGACGUAGAAUGAGGAGAUGUAGCCCAUGUCGACGCGUUGAGUGGAUGAACUAGCGUCCUAUGCGAAUUGAACGAUAUAGGGUACAAAUAGGUCAUCAACAAUGGUCUAUCUUUCUGGAAUUCGAUGUCUCUGUGUGCGUGUAAGUCUGGUCUAGUUCUGUUCUUACAGAUAAACGAUUUAGGCUUCGGCUUACAUUUUUCCAAAGGGUUUUGUGAUUCGUAUAGCAAAUAGCACUUUGCCAGUUUUGUUUUUGUCAUGAGUUGUAAAUUGCUUUAUUAAACAUGUUCAAUGCAAUGUUGAAUUCAAUAUUCAAUUUCCAUAGAGUCGUUGAACUGCAAAGUAACGAUAUUACAUACCUUUAGUCAAUCGAGGGAUGAUAGUUGGGAGCUACAACUUAAUCGAAAUUUUGUAUAACCUGUAUGUUUUGUGUGAGAUGAUAAGAGUACAUUUAGGUAUUGUUAGCCUGUAGCCUGUAGCCGCCAUCCUGACCUGGCCGCUGAGCUACAGAACAUGAGCUUGCGAGACCUGGAUGGUGGAACGAGGCGAGCUGGUCUCCGGGUUAGAGAUCAUCUGUAUGGAGUUGCAGUGUGAUGUGUGUUUUGAUUUCUGCAUGGCCUUCAGUACAACUUAUUGUACAUCAUUAGACUUUAUGUAUGUAUGAAUGUGUACAUAAACACAGUUACAAAAUCAAA